AAGUUCAACGCAGACUACGACCUGUCUGCCAGAGAGGGCGCGGACAGCCUGGCCUUCAUCUCUCUGCUGGAGGAGCGGCUCAAGCCGGCUCUGAUCUAUAACUCCUGGGUGGACUCUAAGAACUACGUGGAGGUGACGCGGCGCUGGUACGCCGAGCACCUCCCCUUCCCUCUGAACUUCCUGCUGCCCGGACGCAUGCAGCGCCAGCAGCUGGAGACCCUGAGGCUGCUGAGAGGAGAGGAGAGCCUGGAGGGGGGGGAGGAGCUGGAGAAGGAGCUGUACCGAGAGGCUUCAGACUGCAUGAACCUGCUCUCUCAGAGACUCGGAGCUCGCAAGUUCUUCUUCGGAGACUCGCCCUCCUCUCUGGACGCCUACGUGUUUGCCUACCUGGCUCCGCUCCUGAAGGCCAAGCUGCCCAACGGGAAGCUGCAGCAGCACCUGAAGUCUCUGGAGAACCUGAGCAGCUUCUGCAGCAACAUCCUGCUGCUCUACUUCCCCCAAGACGCCAGAGAGAGCUGCGGCGGUCAGAAGUCGUCCUCUCCGCCGCAGCCUGAGGGCGGAGACUACGAUCACGUGCCCAACAAGCGCCGGAAGCAGCUGAUGUCUGUGCUGGUGGCUCUGGGCGCCAUGCUAAGCUACGCCGUGCUAACGGGCAUCCUGUCCAUCCAGCACCUGCAGCAGGAGGCGCUGGAGGCCCCGCCCCCCGACCGGCAGACCCUCGACCCCCGUGACGAGGACGAGGAGGGGGACGGCUGAGAACCAGAUGCAUCAUGGGACUUUAUAGACGGAGGUUAAGAUGUUAGAAGAGAUAUUUAGCUGUAUUUCACCCUGAAGAGUUUUACUGUCACCAAAGCAAAGUGUGGAUAUCAAUAAAGAAAUGUAUAACCAGAAA